AUUUUUCGAGUAGGUUUCAAAAUUUCGAAGUUUGUACUUGGCUGAACACUUCCUUUCAUUUAAUCUUAAUGGCUAAGAUUCCUAGGAGCUGGAGGAGUGUCCUUCUACUGAUUCGGCUACAUUACCAAGUGGUGGGCAAUAUCGCCAUGCUCUGCCUUCUUGUGAUGAGUAUCAUGGACUACGGGUACAUCUACCAUGAAUGGGACCUCCUCUGGUGGUGCGAAAUGCUGGGGCAGAAGCAGAUCACUCCGCUGGCGGUUUUGUUGCAUAUCGGUGGAUUCAAGGUGGCUAUUAUCCUGAUUCUCACGCUGUGGAGCUAUACUAGAGGAGCUGGCAAGGAUCAGGAGGGAAAUGAGGACAUGCCCAUCUCUUUCGUUCGCAGGCGGUACAGUCGUUUUCUUGUGAUGGUCCUGCUGGCGUCCAUGGACCGGCUGCUCCAGCACCACCCACGACUAGAUGACUUCCUGCAAAAUCACAAGGAUUGCUUCGAGGCAGUGAAACAGUUCCGCUGGAGAGCACGAAAGCUCUUUGAACGCACAGAUCUGCAGCUCUGUCUUCCACUCCACGAAGUUCUUUCUGUGGAUGAUCAGCAGGAGAAGGAACUCCUCCGCCUGGGUUACGGCGAGAAAUUGACAAAGUUGCGAGAGCUGGACAUCUACAAGAUGGUCUACAAGCACUAAAUUUGUUUUGGGAAUAGGACCGUUGCCAACCGAUUUAAUAGUUGACGAACUUUUUAAUUGGGUUUUGGCUUGGCUGUUGUUAAUUUCACUUCAAAAACAUGCUAAUUUAAGUGGCAUACGCAUGUGAGGCUCCAAAGUUCCCAAAGUGAGAGGUCCCUUGCCCUGCUUCCUUUUUUGGAGUGAUAUGAUUUGGGACUUUUAAACUUUAGAAAACAGAUUUAUUGUAAACAUUUCGACUUUUAAGUGUA